GGUAGCUUCUCUUUGAUUGAGCGUGUCAUCCUUAGUGCAGGGGCCAUGUUAAUGGGGGGCGCCGCUGCGCGGCAGGCUGGCAGAGGCGGCGAGCUCGCUGACACUCGCCAACCGCCUCGCCUUGUACUCUUACUGUGUCGACUCAGCGUUAUCCCAGACCACGCCCUGGCAGCUACCAUCCUAGUAUCAGUGCCUUUCAGGUCGCCACGACGCGAAUGUAGGCGUCUGGACGGAUUUUUUGGCGACAAGAUGUACGGACGGAAGGCUCUUCAGUGCAGACCCGCAGUUGUCGGACGCUCAAGUCGAACAUCUUGCCCACCUCUUCAAUGAUAGCGCGAAGCCACACUAUCACAGUAUCAGUGUCGACUUCAAAGACCUCUUUCUUGGAAGCACCCGCAAAGGCAAACAACCAUGGAAAAGCUACCCGCCUUACACAUCAUGUUCCUCUAGAGAGACGCCACAACGCUCGACAGGCUCUGGAUUGCUCCUAGUCCCGUAAAAGCGGCAGUCAAUACCUCAAUACCUUUUUCAUAAUCUUUAAUUUAAGUUCUUUCCUCUACAUCUAGGGCGAUUAUUGUUCUCGUGUCUUUAGAAGCGUUCGCCUAAUCACCUCGGGUAAUGUCAAGUGAUAUGUAUGACCACCUGUUCGGCAUAGCGUUUAUGUGUACACUACGUGGCCUUACCGGAAACCAAUG